GAGCGGACUGACGUCGUUCUAGUUUAAGCAGCACCAGCUGGUACAGGUACUUGGAUGAUCAAUCACGAAUGCGAAAAGCAAUUGGUCGGUUUUCAUUUUAUACCUUUUCUCCCCCCAUUUUCCAGAAGUAAUUUUCGUGUUGGCGAAAAUGGAUGCAUUGGGCGGUAAUGGCGCCUUUUGGGGGUGGAACCUUCCAGAUAUAAGAAGCAAAAAGAAGCGGUUUCAAUCAAAGUCGAAGUCGUCAGAUUCAACGGCGGAGGCAACCAGCGCUGGCGGUUACCGUUUCCCGUUGAAGCAAGCUGUGAAGGCCGCCUCACUCGCUCUCACGGGUGACACAAUUGCCCAACUCAGCGACUGCUGGAGAACACAAAAACAGUCUCUCUCUGGUUCUAGUGAUGCAAGUAAGGAUAUCAUGUCAAGCAUCGUUUCACACCAUGAUUGGCUUCGUGCCUUGCGGAUGACUUCUUAUGGGUUUCUUUUCUAUGGGCCUGGUUCAUAUGCAUGGUAUAAAUAUCUGGAUCAUUAUUUGCCACAUCAGACAGCACAAAACCUAAUGCUGAAGGUUUUAUUAAACCAGAUAGUGCUUGGUCCAUGUGUGAUUGCUGUUGUCUUUGCUUGGAACAAUUUAUGGCUAGGGAAGCUCUCGCAGCUCACAAAUAAAUAUCAGAAGGAUGCUCUCCUGACACUAUUUUAUGGAUUUAGGUUUUGGAUCCCUGUCAGCGUGUUGAACUUUUGGGUGGUCCCUCUUCAAGCCCGUGUAGCUUUCAUGUCGACAGGAUCCAUUUUUUGGAACUUUUUCUUGUUAUCAACCAUGAGCAAAUAGAUUCAACUGCACCAAGGAUUGAUAAAUUAUGUGAUCAGCUAAUGAGAUUCAAGCCUGAGAAUUCUAGUCAAAAGAGAUGUGGGGAAUAGAAGUCAAAAUUUUUGCCAUAACUUCACAAUGUGACUUUCUUCACAGAUUGCCUUGCAUGUCUGAGAUAUCGAAAUGGUAUGAAUUUAUCUACUUAGCAAAUACAAAACUGAAGAUACUUAAUUUGUUGUGAACACAGAAUCAUGUGAUUUAAGGGCAAUUUUGUGCCUUUGGUGUUAUGCCUCUCUUGUUCUUAAUAUUAUUUUUUCUUUAAGUGUU